GUCUAUGGUCAGGCGUGCGACAGGAGCCCUCCGGGGUAAGUUUACAAGUGUUUCAUUCAGCAUUGUUUAUCCAGCACCGCGGGGCUGUCCAGGUGUGGCUCUCGCGAGGUCCACGCCGCCAAAUUUUCCCCGCGCCCGCGCGUUCCGUCAUCGCUCCGCGGCCAGGGUCGUUGGCUGUGCAGCUGCCACACCUCCUUCACUCCGUCACCGACCGCCUAGUCACCAGAGCUGCCGCCUGACGCCGGAACCACUGGAAUUCCCGCUUACUUCCUUUAUAAACUCUUUCUUCUUGUCUUGCUGCGUAUAUUUCGAGCGAAUAGAUACCCCACCAUGGUUCUGGGACACGGGCAUAGGCGGCACUCGUUAGCCAGCAGCAGAUCCUCGACCGACGAGACCCGAGGCGAUGAAGCCGCGAAAGAGGACGAGACUGUGGUGGAUGCGGACCAGGGCAACAUGCUCAUGCACAUCAUAUCACAGCUACGGCCCGGCGCGGACCUGAGUCGAGUAACGCUACCCACCUUCAUAUUGGAGCCGCGCUCGAUGCUGGAAAGAAUAACAAAUUUCAUGGCGCACCCCGAGACACUCCUCCCCAUGACCAAGAUCGAAGACCCCGUCCAACGAUUCGUAGCAGUAGUGAAGUUCUAUCUCAGCGGCUGGCACAUCAGACCUGCAGGCGUCAAGAAGCCGCUGAAUCCGAUAUUAGGCGAGAUAUUCACUUGCUAUUGGGACUACCCCGACAAGACGCGGGGAUACUACAUAGCCGAGCAGACGUCGCAUCACCCGCCGAAAUCGAGCUACUUCUUCAUGGCACCCGAACAUCACAUUCGGAUCGACGGUACGCUGAAGCCGAGGAGUAAAUUUUUGGGAAACUCGGCCGCGAGUAUGAUGGAAGGAAUAGCUGUGAUGAGGUUCUUGAAUACUGGCGAACGAUUCUUCGUCACGCAACCUAACAUGUACGCCCGAGGAAUUCUAUUCGGCAAGAUGAGGUACGAACUUGGGGACCACAGCUAUGUCCGAUGCCCCGAAUCCGGCAUGGUAGCAGAUCUUGAGUUCAAAACAAAAGGAUACUUUGGUGGGACGUAUAACGCCAUUGGCGGCUACAUAAAAGACAAGAACGACAAACAGCUCUAUGAACUUUCCGGGCUUUGGAACGAGGAGAUGUACAUCAAAGACCUAACGACUGGCAAGAAGGAGUUGCUUUUCGAUGCAACACACGCGAAGCACACCCCGCCAAAGGCCCGACCGUUAGGAGAACAGGAGGAGCGGGAAUCACAGCGGCUAUGGCAUAUCGUGACUGAAGCUGUGAAGCGGAGAGAUCAGGAAACGGCAUCGGAAGAAAAGGCGCGAAUCGAAGACAUGCAAAGAGAUGAAGCCGCGAGACGAAUGAAUGAGGGUGUUGAUUGGCAUCCACAGCUCUUCAGACGUGUGCAUGGAGGCCACGGCGGAAGUGAAGAGGGUGAAGAGGAUCUGGAUUGGAUCAUCAAUGCCAGAAUCGACGCCAAGACACCAGAGGAACAGGUGAAGCAGAUUCUGCAUAUUGCGCCAAUACUCCCCGGACAGACCCCGGAUCGGAGAUUCAGUAUCCCCUCACGGUCACGGAACCCUAGCUUAGAGCGAAUGCCCACCCGCCACAGCCACAAAGCUCAUGAAAUUCCCCACAAGAACCCCGAGGUGAUGAAAUCCGAGCCUGAACUCCCUCAGCAGCCGCCAAAGCAGCACCAGCAGACAUUCGGCGACCUAAUCGAUCUAAGCGACCCUGUUCCCCAGCCGCCAGCAGCUAGAAAGCCAAAUCCGAGCAACCCAGCGAAUCCACCACUCGCGCCGAUACACAAGCCAAAGUCGCAACCUGAGAAUCACGUCAUCAAUCACCAAGAGCAUGCCUUUGCGAAAUCGAUGCCGCCGUCGAAACUCCUCAAUUCGGUAGAGGGAGAGUCGGGGAAACAGCAUGCGAUUCGGAGGACCGAUUCAGAGACUCACGAGGAGGAUGAGUUUCAUGAUGCGCAUUCGUAAGCUAAGGCGAUGCUGAGUCUUGAUUGUUCAACACGGCGGAUUGAUGCUUGUGCUUAGGGAUCUCAUGAGAAGGAGGUGCGAGUGCGGUCCCAGAUGUGCCGUGCUUUGAGGGCUUCCUCUCUAUUCUCAAUAGGUGGACACUAUAUACCAACUUUAGGGCAUGAUUCUUUCUGGGAUUGUGGCAGUUAAAAGGGCAGCACUUCAGGCAUGAAAUGCGCCCACGUAGUAAUAAAUGAGGUCUGCGUAUCACCGUUGCGACUGC